AUGUGGAGUCCCGCUGCGCUGUUGAACCCGGGCAAGGCUGGGACCUCCCCGCCGGCCAGGCCUCAGUCUGCUGGUGCCGUGCCUGGUUCCUCGACUCACUCGGCUCAAUCCGUACAACCAGAGAUGUCUUUCCAGUUCGCCAGCCCCGGCGAACAACUGGCUGUCGAUUUCGCCGGCAUCCCCAUCACAGCGUCUGGGACCGCCAUGGACCAGCAUGGUGCGCAGCGCCACCCAUCAAACAUGCCAUUUUACCAAAACGGUUUCAGUCACAGCAUCGAGCGUCUGCAUAAUGUGCAAGAUCGCACCGCUGUUCCUCAGCCGAAGCGGAGAAAGACGACGAACGAGAAUGACCCUACACCCCUACUCCCGGCACACAACGCUUCAUUUUCUAGUUUCUCCGGGGCAGGGACCAGCAUCCUCACUCAGCACCUUAAGCAGCCGCAGUUUGGAGAUGCCAACCAACCCAAACCAACACGGAAACCAUCCGAGACAAUUGAUCUGACCGAGGGUGACUCGGAACCGGCUUCGCUAAUCCAGACACCCAAAGAUCCUGUUAAAGAUGAAGAGGUCUGUUACGGGAUGGUGGAAGGUGCCUCAAUUAACUGUCACAGGGUCCCAGCACCAAAACCGGGCAUGGUCUCCAUUAACGGUGAUGGCUAUUGGCCGCAGGUCAAGGUUGUGCUUAAGAGAAAGUCAGACGACCAAACGAAUAUCAUCUCCGUUUACGACCACACACGCCACAUCUUUGGCGUGAUCGAUGUCAAGACCGCAGAGUGCCUGGCCCCCCUGUUAGACUCGGCGCUGCGAAUACGUACAGACUGCCGUAUUCCCUCGAGGCGAAAGCUCCCCGGUGAGCAGAUUGGCGGGUCGACCUCGCUUAGUUGCAAGUUCGAGCUCAUGGUCUACGGACCUCGAAAAUUUGCCAACCAGGUCGGUAACCACAUGCACGCCAGGAAGCUCAGCCUGGUGAGCCCGCCGCGGGUCGAGAGCGGAGUCAGGGUUUUCAACCCCAUGGCAACUGAGAACAGGCUCCCUACAACCGCCCGUCCGAACAAUGGGAGCAGCAGUCAACAGUACCGUCUGCCGCCCGUGGUGCGCACGGUCGAAGAGAUUCGCUCUGAGGUGCUGGGUGUCUUUGAUUCCCUUCCCAAAUCCGAGGAAUUACCUGAGGCAGAGCCUGAUGCGCGGGUUCUGACAACUCUACUCAAGCAUCAGCGGCAAGCCCUCUUCUUCAUGACGGCUCGAGAGUCCGAGCAACUACCGGACUCCGGAAAGGCCCUAAUCACGUCCACCUGGCAGCGCAAGAAAGACCGAUUCGGCACCGUAGCCUAUUACAAUGUCGUCACCAACCAGACUCAACGAGAACAGCCCCCGUCGACUUUGGGUGGCAUUUUGGCCGAUAUGAUGGGAUUGGGCAAGACUCUCAGCGUGCUGUCGCUGCUUACCAAGACUCUCGAUGCUGCGGAUCGUUGGUCACAGCUUGCUCCGGUCCAACCGAAAGCUCCCGAGCGGAGAUCGCAGCACCCUUUCCAACAUCGGUUCGAGAUGCCGGCUCUUGAUCUGACACCACUGCGGCAGAACGCAAAGGCGACUUUGCUCGUGUGCCCCCUCAGCACCGUUACCAAUUGGGAAGAGCAGAUCAAGCAACACAUCAAGCCGGGCACGAUCUCCUACCACAUCUACCACGGGCCCAACCGCAUCAAGGACGUCGCGCAAUUGGCGCAGUUUGACCUGGUCAUCACCACCUACGGUUCUGUCGUUAGCGAACUCAACUCCCGCAACAAGCGGAAGCGGGGGGCAUACCCUCUCGAGGAGAUCGGUUGGUUCCGCAUCGUCCUGGAUGAAGCCCACACCAUCCGAGAACAGAAUACUUUGGCAUUCAAGUCAAUUUGCCGCCUGCAAGCAAACCGCCGGUGGGCCGUCACCGGAACUCCAGUCCAGAACAAACUGGAGGAUCUGGCCGCGCUACUCGCAUUUUUGCGGCUGAAGCCCUUCGAUGAGAAGAGCAAGUUUCUACAGUUCAUCAUCCAGCCCUUCAAGGCCGCGGAUCCGGAGAUUGUGCCAAAGCUCCGUGUUCUCAUUGACACAAUCACCCUGCGGAGGCUCAAAGACAAGAUCCACCUUCCCGAUCGUACGGACGAGGUCAUGAGGUUGGACUUCAGCCCCGAGGAGCGGCAGGUGUACGACUGGUUCGCAAAGACGGCUCAGGACCGUGUCCGGGCCUUGACCGGCCAAGGCAUUGGUCAAGAACGCAUCGUGGGUGGCAAGACCAUGAUACACAUCCUGCGGUCGAUUCUGCAGCUUCGCUUGAUUUGUGCGCAUGGCAAAGAGCUCCUCAACGAUGAGGACCUCGCUGACCUCCAGGGAAUGACCGCUGAUACGCCCAUCGACCUCGACAGCGAUGACGACGAAGACCAGCGGCCCGUGCUGCAGGAGAAGAAGGCAUACGAGAUGCUAUACUUGAUGCAGGAGGGCAACAGCGACAAUUGCUCCAGGUGCAACACGAAGCUGGGAGCUGUUGAAGUGGAUGACCCUGAGUCCGAUCGCCAGGACGACAUCCUUGGGUACAUGGCGCGAUGCUUUCACACGUACUGCCCGCCCUGCGUAAACCUACUACGAGAUGAGCAAAAUGGCUGCGACGUGUGCGCCCGUCUCGUCAAGUCAGGCUGCGUUGAGCUGCGGCGCAAGCGCGCUGACAUGGAACACGAGUCCCGCGUAGCAAAGAACAAAGGCGGCACUGGCAAGAUCAUUCCGGGUGAUCGCUACGGCGGGCCACACACCAAGACUCGUGUCCUGGUCGAGGAACUGCUCGCCAACAAAGAACAGAGUGCCUUGUACCCCGACGAGCCUCCGUUUAAGUCGGUCGUUUUCUCCGGCUGGACUUCGCACCUCGAUCUUAUCCAGAUCGCUCUAGAUAACGCUGGUAUCACUUACACGCGACUCGAUGGGAAAAUGACCCGCACGGCCCGAAAUGCCGCGAUGGAUGCAUUCCGCGAUGAUCACUCCGUUCAGGUCAUACUAGUUAGCAUCAUGGCCGGCGGACUAGGGCUCAACUUGACGGCCGGCAACAGCGUUUACGUCAUGGAACCGCAGUUCAACCCGGCUGCCGAGGCACAAGCUGUGGAUCGCGUCCAUCGGUUAGGUCAAACCCGCGCUGUCCGCACCGUCCGUUUCAUCAUGAAGGAUAGCUUCGAGGAAAAGAUGCUCCAGCUACAGGACAAGAAAAAGAAGCUAGCCAGCCUCAGUAUGGACCGUGAUCCUAACGACAGGAUUACUGACCGCACCGAGGCUGCAAGGCAACGCUUGAUGGACCUGCGCAGCCUCUUUAAAUAA